CUGUCAUUCUUCCGUAAUUAUUAUUAUUAAAACACAUUGACUGAUGGCCAAGCCUAUUUUUCUAAUAAAAUACUGAUUGCGUUUAAUAUCCCUUGUAAAUAUAGUUGUAAAACUAAAAUUACAACUAUGGUCGUUAAAGUGUACAUAAGUGGUAUCUCUGGAAAUAAAGAGGUAAAAAAGCGGCAGCAGCGUGUUUUAAUGAUAUUAGAUUCGAAAAACAUAAAAUAUGAUGUCAUUGACAUAACUGAACCAGGAAGAGAAGCUGAUAAAGACUUUAUGCAAACCAAUGCUAAGGCGAACGGAGGCACCGUCAGCGACCCCAACCCGCGGUCCCCGCUGCCCCCACAGGUGUUCAAUGACGAGGAAUAUUGCGGGGACUAUGACCAGUUUGACCUGGCCAAUGAAGUGGACACCUUGGAGCAAUUCCUGAAAGUGGAAGCACCACCCGAGGAGCCUCCUCAAGCUGAAAGUGUUAAGGCUGUGAAUGGAGAUAUAGAGAAUGGAGAGGACAAAAAAUCUAAAGAGAACUCUGAGGAGAGGGAAACAGGAAAAGAAGGUACACCAGCAAAAGAGGGAACUCCUGCCAAGGAAGGCACACCUGCCAAGGAAGGUACACCUGCAAAGGAAGGCACUCCUUCAAAGGAAGGUACUCCUGCAAAGGAAGGAACUCCAGUAAAAGAAGGGACACCUGCCAAGGAUGGUACUCCUUCAAAGGAAGGUACCCCUGCAAAGGAAGAAACUCCAGUAAAAGAAGGGACGCCGGCAAAGGAAACCACUCCAGCAAAAGAAGGUACGCCAGCUAAAAGCAAGACUCCAUCAAGAGAAGCCACGCCAGCGGGCGAUGCGGCUACCAAGGAGCCCUCACCUGACAAAGGUUCCGUCAAGGAAGAAUCUCCUGCAAAAGAAGCCUCUCCAGAGAGGCAAAAGUCUGUAGAAAAGGAAGCAUUUCCUCAGAAAAUUGACUCGAAAAAAUCUUCAAAAGAAAGUUCUCCACAAAAAGAUGAAUCUGUAAACGAAAAUGGCACAGUGAGCUCUCGCGAGCAGUCCCAAGAGAAAGAAGCCGCGGAGAGGACAAAAGAUAACGUCUCAGAAGCUCUGAUCCACAGCGAGCAAGCGGCUGCCGCUGAAUGAACCUCGACUGACAUCGCUUUUCAGCUCAAAGCAUUAGCACUAAGCGAGCUAUCAUUAAGUCUGUUCUGUUAUUUAUAAUACACUUCACUUCUUUGGCAUGAUAGUCAGUGUAAAUAAUGCAAAGAGGUAUUUGUUGAGAACAUAUGUUAUGUGGCGAUGCGCGUGUUUUCCAUGAAGUGGCCUAUUAUCAUAAAUCAUUAGAUUUAUUAAUCGAUUUUUAUGAAGUUCCAGAGUAAGAUUUCUAUUUAACAUUUUUAUCCUUCAUUAAAAAGGCUUUGUAUUAUUCUAUUUUAAAAGUAUUAAUAUUCAUUUUUUUAUUUACGAAUUAAUCAAUUUUGGCAUAUACAUGCGUAUUUUUAAUGAAAUAAGAUUUUAUUUAUUGAAGUAUUAAUGUAAGAUAAAUUUAGAAGUGCCCAUUUAUGUUCUUAUUAUUAUGUAUUAUAUGUUUACAUGCCAUGUUAUAUCCAAUGUGCUAUAGGUAUAAGUAACGAAUAUCGUGUCCAUAGCAAAGUUUCAAAUAUUUAUCGAAGGCAUACGAGUGCGACGUUUGUUAUCCUUUUGUAUUUGUUUCUUGGCGUUGUUGAGUGUUCUCGUCUCUUUGUCCAUAAUGCCGUCCUACUCACACUUACCUGUUGCAUCCAAGGAACAAUCAAACCAUGCAAAAAUGAUUUAAUAAAUUUCUGGUUCGUCCUUUUAGUGCUAAAUAUUAAAAUGUAAUAUACUAAAAUAGUUAAAACAAACUUUGUGGUGGAUAUUUAUGGCUGGUUUUUGCUAUCGACACUAUAUUGACUGAUUUUAAUCUCUAAAUAACACGAAUGGGCACAGCUGGAGAUUGCACGCUUUUGGUUGUACCCUACUUCUGACAGAUUUACUUCAUUAUUUGAUGUUAAAGACAUUUUUAUUUUAUUUUAACUAAUUUUCAUACGAAUUAUAUAAAAUUGUAUAAC